AACCGAUCCGAUCCGAUCCGGCUGGUCCUGCGAAAGCAAUCAAGGCAGCCGCCCGUUGGCCUUCUCCUCCUCUUCCUCCUGGCCUUUGCUUCGCUCAAGCAGCCCUGCUCUGCCUACCGUUCCAUCGAUUGACAAUCGACGUUUGCCGUGUCUGUGCGCCUGUCUCUCGCUCGAUCUGGACUUGUCGAGGCUUACCAGCAUCCCAACCACACCAGCCUUUCCGGCACUCAGAACAGCAUCUGUCCCCUCCACUCAAGCUCCCCAAAGCGUAUCCUUCGAGACCGUCGGAAUCCCCGCUUCACUUGACUCCUCACCCUCCUCGCCAACACACACGCCCUUCACAAUCGAUACAAGCGACACAGCCAUGAACGCCUCAAUGAUCAAGCGCUUCAUUCCCUCCCGGGCCAUGGGCAGCUGCUCGUCACUGCUGCCAUCAGCAUGCGUCGCUCGAGUCCAGAUCCGCCAUUACGCCGAGGCCAAAACGGGCCAGAAAAAGAAGCAAGCUGAAGACGAUCCCGACGUCGGAACCUCACUCGGCCCGUUUGUAUCAAAACCCGCCGCUGCCCCUCUGGCAAACCUUCGCGACAGCGGCAAGACCUUGGCCGAGCUUGGGCUGCACAAGAACCCACGAGGCGAGACGGACCGGGUCUGGUUGAUGCGGUCGAUCGAGCACGAAAACCGAGACCGAUACGACCUUGACGGACGCGGCGAGCUUUUCGACCGCAACUCGCCGCACUCGGUCGAGCCCGGCUCCGUCCUGCUGGUCGAGCAAGUGACCUCGCGAUCGCGACCCAAGACCCAGGUCUUUGCCGGCAUCCUGAUUGCCAUCCGCCGAAAGGGGAUCCGCACCACUUUUGUGCUCCGAAACUAUGUCUUGGGCACGGGCGUCGAGAUGACCUUUCCGCUGUACUCGCCCAUGGUCAAGCGCAUCAAGGUCCUGAAGGGCGUCCGGGGUGCUGUCGACGGCGACGACAUGCUGUACAUUCGCGACGAGCCUGCCAAGGCGCCGUUCUCGUUCUCGAUGAUCGACGAGAUGCUGAUCCGCCACCGCGAAUACGAGCGCAAGCUGAGCGACAAAUAAACCCACACACCCGCAUACAUGU